CCCAGAUCGUUAUAGAUAUAUUGUUUCUCACUCUCCCAUAUCGAUAAUAGGGAUAUAAUGCCCUACCUUCUAAACUUAAUAUCUCCUAAAUUGUUGUUUACCUAUUGAGUAUAUUGAAGGAUUUAAAGGAUGGAUAAUAUUUUUGAGUUUUUCAUUUUCUGCCUUUUGGUGGUUUUUUUCAGUCAAUUGCAAAAAAAUGAACAACUUGAUUCAGAGAAUACUGGUACCACAAAACAGAGAGGUAGCUGGUCUGAAGUUGAGUUUGAAGUUUUGAACGACAACCAUGAGAGAUUGGUGAAGGAGCUCGACUCGAAGAUUCUGUUAAAACAUAUUUUUCAUAACAACCUUAUAAAUAAAGAUGAAAUGGAAAGAAUUAGACAGAAAGAAGAAGAACUAAGAAAAGAAAUCGUUGGCAUGAUUUUUAAUUUCUCUGGUGCAAAUGCUUAUCCUAAACUGCUCAAAUCCUUAGCUGAUGCAGGCUACAACGAAUUAAGCUCAACACUUGAAUCUGAUUUAAAACAGAAAAAGGAGGAAAUGAUUAAACAUGCAUUUCCCGAUUACCCGUUUCCCCAGCUGGUGAUAGAAACUACUGUGUUAAAAUGGCAACAGAAUAUUACCCAAUGGAAAGAGAAAGGCGAUGCAGGGAAGUUAUGGUGUGUUGCUAUGAACAAUUGGUUUAAAAACCACGAAUUUAAAAGUAAAAAAGAAUUGAAAUUUGUAGUUAAACGUUGGUUGGGAAAACUGAAGGAGGUUGUUGACAGAGGUUGUUUGGAAAUCGACAAAAUCAAUAUAAUUCUUAGAGUGACCGAAUUGUUGUUAGUACCAGAAAUAGUUUCAAAUAUGCAUCUAAAUGACAUAUCUAUUUUCAUUGACAUCCUUAAAAACUUUGUACCAGAUUAUAGACCUACAAUGAAUUCUAAAGAACUUUUCCAAACUAAAACUGCUGAGAGACGAAGAUUGUUAGCACAACAACGACAAGUUUUUAAAAUACUGAAAUACAAUUUAGAGGGAAUUGUUGAAGGGAAACAGAAGUUUGAAUUGUUAACUAUUGAUAGUAAUUACUGUGAACUGGCUAAAUAUUUCGACUCUGUUGUUAAUGAUGUUAAGAAAUGGAAUAAACUACAUCAAUCAAUCUAAUUAAUAUUAAAAUUUUUAUUUUUUU